AAGAACGGGAACCAAGUCAAAUGGGCAUGCGCAUUGUCUUCAAUUAUGGUCACGUAUGAUAUCAAUAAUAUGGGUAGUUUUGACAGUGGAUCAUGUUGUUACGUGGUAAUCGAACCGAAUGAUUUUUGUUGACUUGGACAGUUCUUGAACUCAGAGUCGGUUAGUGUUUUAGUUUGUGUAGUGUGUUUUGUGGACGUACUGGUGUUGCAAAUGGCCAACCAUGCCUGGUCAGAAAAAGUACUCCAACUCCUCCGCCGAAUGAAUAACUUUUAUUUACCAGGCUCAUGCCGUGCUGUCUGCUCCCGUUUUGAAAUAGAUAGGGUACAGGUCGGUUGGAUUCCCCCUCAUGUUGUUUCACAGUUAACCCGGUAUCCAGAGGUGUUCAAAGCACCGCAAGAUGGCGUCGUGUCCCUGUGUCCAAGUCUGGAUUCGUAUGGACGGAGGUCUGAGGCUGUGGAUGCUAUGCUGCGGUCCAUGAGGCAGGAGACAUCUCUGAGGUGCUUACGAGGAUGGAGGGACGAGAAGUACAGCGUGAUGCCCACAUUCUUUGACACUCCUGUGAUGUGGAUGGAAAGAGCAGCUACAAGUCUGUUUGGGGUGAAGCGCUACGGAGUCCACGUGAAUGGCUACACUGUCAAUGAAAGUGGGGAGGUUAGCAUGUGGUUGGCACGGCGCUCUGCCACGAAGCAGACAUACCCCGGACUACUGGACAACAUGGCAGCAGGUGGUCUCGCUGCUGGAGUCACAGUCAAACACACUCUGGUCAAAGAAUGUCAUGAAGAAGCAUGUGUGCCAGCAGCUCUUGCUGAAAAGGCUCGUCCUGUAAACACAGUAAGCUACACCUAUGAAGAUGAGGAGGGUGUGUUUGCAGAAAGUCAGUUUGUGUUUGAUUUAGAGCUUCCUCGGGAUUUUAAGCCGACAAUAGGAGAUGGAGAAGUGCAAGAUUUCUGCCUCUUACCCAUUCAUAAUGUGAAAGAACUGUUGGCCACUGAUGACUUCAAACCCAAUAGUGCCAUGGUAGUCUUGGAUUUCCUGAUCAGGCAUUCAUUUAUUGAUCCAGACACAGAGCCAUCAUAUCAGGAAUUAGUGACAGGACUCCACCAAACAUUAGAAUGAAGUGGAAGAUACAUCGAGGAACUGGCAUCAUUCUACGUGAAUGCAUUUACUUUGGCUGAGGAUCACUUAGCAUUGCACAAUCUAUUUUCACUAAGAUAUAUCACAGUUCAGUGGAUCGCUGAUAUGUUGAGUGAUGACAUGGUGGAUUGCUUUUGGGGAUGUCUUCUCUGAUGUCUUCACUGUCAAUUUUAGGUGUGUUCCUCUAUUAGCCUGCCAAAACCUUCACAGAGCAUCUAACCAUAUCCUCUGGUUAUUUGAAAAGUUUCUUGAAAUGGCUCUUCUGACAACCACUUCACAUGUGCCUGCUUUCCAUCCAUGUGUUUUGACAGUCACAAACCCGACCCUUGGCACAGAAAACUGCUUCCAGAACACCAACAUUUAUACUGCUUACAUCAGGUGCAUUCACUUAUCAAGUGAAACUGCAGUGUGAUGAUUAGCAAGACAGUACAGGUGUUUCCACAUAUUUAAUGUGCAUUUUGAAGUUUAGCAUUAAAACAUGUUUAUGAAAAACGGAAUGUUUUCCAAAAAAAAGCCCAGAGGGGAAAUGAAAAAGUUUUGAAAUAAAUUCUGAGGUAGUGAACAUGUAACUUCUGAUUAAUCAGCUGACCAAUCAGCUGUUUACCAAACUGAAAAAACCAAGUCAAGGCUUCAAAAAAGCAGCCCAACAACCACUUGCUGGUGAUCUUGAGGCUUGGUCCACCAAUGAAGCGACUUGAGUUUCCAUCCAUCUUCCUCUGUUUAUCCGGGUCACAGGGACAGUACCCUAAUUAGAAAUGCCCUGACUUUCCUCUUAGUCACCUCCUCUAGUUCCUCCAGGGGGACACAAGAGGCAUUCCCAGGCCAGCUGAGAGAUAGGAUACCUCCAGCAUGUCCUGGGUCUUCACUAGGGUCUCCCUCUGGUCAGCUUGUGACCAUAGAUUAGGGGUGGGGAUAAGUUGCUGCCCCAAGUGGAGGAGUUUUAAGUAUGAACUGAAUUUGCUUCAUGAAACCGAAUCGACACAAGAAUGGGUCUGACUUAACUGAAAUAUGCUGAGGUACUUUGUAAAACAGUCACUUCAUUGAAUAAGCACCAACUUGAUAAAACAUAUGUCAAUAAAAUAGUAUAAAGAAAACAGU